AUGCCAACGAACCACACAAAAAAUCCCAGGUCUCCCGCACCCUCUCCGUCACCUCCUCCCCCCUUCCCCUCCGUCCCCAUCUCCGUCUCUCUCACCCUCCGCUACACCCGCCCCGCCUCCCGCUCCGAAAUCACCGCCGUCGGCAUCUCCCCCUCGUCCACCGUCGCCUACGCAAUCUUCCCCGGCGCCCAGGCCGACCAGCCCUGGAUCGACACCUUCGACCUGGCCACCCAGCGCGGCUACUCCAAGAUCAUCGGCCCCGUCGCGAGCUUCUCGCCCUCGCUGCACUCGUCCCCCCUGCGCGUCGGCAAGCCCUCGGCCUCGGCCUUGGCGUCGUCCUCGUCCGCUCCGCCGUUCCCCCGCAUCGCCACUCUCUCGUCGACGCUGUCUCUCAUGGUCCGCGACUUCGCCUCGGGAAAGACCGUCCUCGAGCUGAAAGAGGUCUCUGCUCCCAUUGCCUGGUCGCCCGACGGCCGCGCCAUCGCCGCCGCCGAGCCCCGGAACCGCAUCGGUCUGUGGGACGUCCGCACGGGGACCCGCAUCGGCCGCGUGCCCGGCCACAUCGACACCGUGACCCACGUCGCCUUCACCCCUGGCUCGGCCCUCGUCAGUCUCUCCCGCGACGGCACUCUCCGCGUGACGGACCCUCGCGCCAGCAAGACGCUCUACAAGCUCGAGAUGGAGACGUCCAAGAACCCGCGCGCCCUGGCCGUCUCCCCCGACGGCACCACCAUCGUCUCCGUCUGGGGCUCCGUCGUGCACAUCUGGAUGCCGCAGCACGGCCAAUUGACCUCGUACAGCCUCUCCAGCACGCGGCCCUGCGAGGGCUGGCCCCUGAGCAUCUCCCCCGACUGCCGCUACAUUGCGAGCUGGACCGAGCAAGGCUUCGACAUCAUGGACGUGGCUUCUGGCGCCGUGGUGUGCACCCGGGACGGUGGGCCGCUGGUCACGUCUGCUGAUUUCUCUACGGAUGGAAGCGUUUUGGUCCUUGGAAGGAUCAGCGGCGACGUCGAGGUUUGGGAUGUUGCUGAUAAGCGAGCGUAG